AUGUAUCCCACCAAGAGCCCGUCAAACAUGUCACCAGAAGACGUUCGAACUCUAUGCGACCUCGCCGGCCGGUACGGGUCCGGAAGCUUAGAAACAACCCUCCGGAACAUUAGCGGCAGCAACUACACAUCCCUCCGCCCUCCGCCCCAGCACCACCACCGAAACCCUCACCACAUGGACGCCCCGGCGAGGAACUCAGCCCUCUUCACCUCAACCUUUGGCAGCAACAACAGCGCGCCAUCCCUCACAAACAGCGCCAGCCCCUGGAGCAGCUCCGACGCGUCCUUGUGCGGCUCAGAGGCUGCCUCCCUAUCGGGGAGCUAUUUCAGCCAGCAGCCCGGCGGCACUGCGGCAGCCGCCUCCUGGGCCGACGCCGUGGACGCUCCGUUCCUGAUGUCGCCCUCCGUGACACCAUCCCUCUCCGGCUCCGAGUGGCAGGAUCACCACAUCAGCGAGCACCUCUCCUCAACUCCAUCACGCGAGAAAAAGGCCGCUGCCAGCAUGAGGUCCCCGUCCUCGGGUACCGUCGGCGGCCGCAAGCCCAUCGAGUGUCCCAUGUGCGCCGUCCACGACGUCUACGUCGGCUUCGGCAGGAAAAGCGACUUCAAGAAGCACCUCCAAAACUUCCACAACACCGACUGCAUCUGGGCCUACAUCGCCCACGUCAAGCUCGACCACCACCAGGGCGAGGCGGCGUACCCUCCCGCCGCGGCCGUGGCGGCAGCAGAACAGGUCAAGGUCGGCCUCUGCACGCAGGUCGUCUUCGCCUGCGGCUUCAUCGGCUGCAAAGAGGUCUACGAGGCCGCCGAUGACAGCGAGGCGCCCAAGACGGCCGACGCCUACUUUGACCACCUCGCCAGUCACUUCGACAAGCGCAGCAGCACCAUCAAUAACACCAGUGGUUGCAAUAACAACAAUCUCGGCGUCUCGUCAGAGUGGACAUACUAUCAUCAGAUGCAAAACCUCCUCCGUCAGCGCUCCCUCAAAGACGAGUGGAAGCACACCCUCUGGGACAAGGCCGCACGCAACCAGCUCCGCUGGCAGCCCCGCUCCUCAGGCGACCUCAAGAAGCUCCUCGAAUGCCGCCAUCUCGCCGACGUGCCGCGCAUCCUCCACGCGGCAUGGACGCUCGGCCAGACGUGCUUCUCCUCCCCCGAGCACCCGGCCCCCGAGUUCCCAGGCGAAGCAACGCGGCCCGUCCGGUCCCGCUGCCCGCUCGCGGGCGAAGGCAGGAACCACGGCGAGCUCCGCGAUGUUGUCUGCGGAGGUCAGCAGCAGCAUGAAGAGCAACCGCCGUCGGCGAUGACUAUGUUUGCCCUCCGCCGCAGCCUCUUCCCCGUCAAGCUCGCCACCGUCUCGCACCCGCCGCCGCGCUCGAUUCCCGAGGAGCCGGAUUCCCUGGCCUACCCGCACCCGGGCACCCCUCUCGUCAUCCCCGAGCGUGACGCCUGGUCUACGGACGUUGUGCUUGGCCCGCCCGAGGACGAGCAGAUCUUCGACCCCAUGUUCAUGCCGGGUAACAGGGCGACGACGAAUAUGCUGCAGCAGAGCCCCAUCUACCCUUGGACCGAUACUACUACGUCUCAACAGCAGCAGCAAAGGCGGUCUUUCGGCGACUUUGCGCGCCAUCUCACACCCUCGCCGCAACCUACCGAAGACCAAGACAGCAGCCUGGGUCCGUUGCUCCAGGUCCCUCAAUCCGUAUCUGCCACCACCACCGCCGCGAAACGUCCCCGCUCGUGGGGCAUGAGAAGCCUGGAGAACUUGCGCCUCAAGCGUCGUGGCCGUUCGUCGCCUGUCACGUCACCCGUUGAGGAGAAGGCGGCUUUAGCUGGGUGGAUCUGA